AUGGAUCCGAAAAAUGAUGUAUCUGAAGAUGACGAUGCCAUUGAGGUGACUGAUUCUGGAAAUCUUAGUAAAAGACUUAGCAAGGAAAGAGAGCAGCUAGAAAUAGCCGAGAAAGCAGUUGCAAUCCGGCAAAAAACAAGAGAACUAGAAUGGUUUGAAAUGGAAUCAAAGGUCAGAAACUUAGUCUAUGAAUUACUCCAGCCCACUUCUAAAUAAACUAACUAAUAACAAGCAUGAAUCUGAAGAAAUCAGAAAGGAUAUGAAGGUACAGGAUGACAGAAUUGAGAAGCUUGAGUAUACUCUUAAGAUAACUUCUAAGAAAGGCAACUCAACUGUUUUCGAUGACAUAAAUGAUAAAAUCCUGAAAAAUGAGAAAGCCCGCAUUGAGCAAAAUGAUGUGAUAAGCUCCAAUAUAAAGUCAAUAGAAGAUGAACAGAUUAACAUGCAAGAUAACUGCAAAGAUCUGAGGAAUAUUCUCAAAAGAAUCGAAGAUAAGUUUGACGAAAUGUACAAAGAACUCAAAUAUUUGUCGUCAAUUCAAAUUAAGGACAAAGAGGAAUUAAAUAAAAAGUUUGUUGAUGUGUCCAAACAAAUGGUUGAGGAGCUCCAGACCACAAGGAAAAAUGUAUCUAUACUUGAUAACAAAGUGGAUAUUCUAGACUCUAACACUAAGUUCACUACUUCUAAACUGGAGGAGUGAAAUAAUUACAUUGAAAUAUUAGAAAAUAAACACCUCACAAAUAUUAGGGACAAAAUUACAGAGCUAGAUAAGUUUAAAGUGAACAAAUCUGACUUGAAUAAUGAUAUCCUUGAAUCAAGGAUUAACGAUCUGAGCAGACUAGCUGACAUAUAUGCCAACAAGAUCAAAUUUAUUGAGAACUUUAUUGAUAAGUACCAGCCAAUUCAAAUUCAGUCUCAGAUAUCUGACUCGAUAUAUUCUUUUGUGAACCCAGAAAUGAGGAAAAGCUACAAGAUCCAUCUAAGCAUUCAGAUGGAGAAGUUUCAUAGAAGAGUAUUGGAGGAUGAAGGAACUACCAAUCUUGAGCUCUCCUGUGAACUACUUGCCAAUCUAGCUUCAGAUAGUGUAAGAAAAUUGGGAAAUAAAUAAAUCCAAAUAUGGAAAAAUCAAAAGCCAUUCACAACAUAACCAGGAUUAUUCCAAAGCUCCAAAUAUGUCUCACAAUCUUAGCGUCCCAAGUGGGUCUAAGCAGAUGGUAUCCUUAGAGCAUGAAGUAAUAAUGGAAAAAUCAGAAGUAGAAUCUGUAGGAGAAUCUUCAGCAAUACGUUCUUCCCCAGGGGACUCAAGCAAGGCUAUUGCAGACUCAAGUAAAGCCAUUGGGGCUUCAAAUGCUUCUAUCUCCCUCCAAGCUCCCCAAAACUCAAGUCUGGACAUAAGAAACCCCAAACUCUCCGGAAAAGCCUUUAUCAAAGCUGGAGACCAGUACCAAAUCGAAGAAUUCAAACGUGAAAACUCCGGUAAUCCCUCUCUCUCCUCCACUCCCAACAUGCCUUUCAUACAUGACAUGCAAGAGGUAGAAGAUGUGCUCUUUGACCUACAGAACAACUACGUGAACCUAGAAGCAAAGCUUGAUUCCCACUACCUGGCAUUCACACAAGGAGUAGAGACUAAGGUGAAUGAACUAGCCAAGGCAGUGGAGUUUAGUAAUAACCAGAUGAAUGUGUACAUGCAGAUGUUGGGACAGCAGAUGGAGAACAAGGAUAAGUAAAGUGGGGUUUUAGAGAUCAGUG